CGAGUAGUUCACCUUAUAGCCGCAAAGACGACUUGUCGCCUUGUAAAGAAGACGCCAUGUUGGGAUGAGGACGGUUGUGUCGUCGCUAUUGCUUUGGUGUUAAAAAAAUCUGAAUUGGUUUCAUUAUCCGGUCGUAUCAUGGAGCAGGAGGGCCAUCCCCAUCCGUACGAUCGGCCUUCUUCAGAAUCCUCUGAUGGAUUUGCCAUGUCCUAUCGGAGUGAAGGAGAAUCAACCAAGGAAAAUGACAAAAUGAUGUCUACACCUAUAUCAAGACCUGAACCCCCUCCAAGAGAGGAACCAAUUCUGGAGCCCAUCAACGGGAUUGUACAGCCUCCAGUUGUCCCUCCACCUAACCGCCCUGGAAGAUGUACCAACCAGCUCCAGUACAUUCAGAAGUUUGUCAUGAAAGCGGUGUGGAAACACUCUUUCGCUUGGCCAUUUCACCAACCUGUUGAUGCCAAGAAACUUGGCUUACCUGACUAUUUCAAAAUCAUAAAAUACCCCAUGGAUCUGGGAACUGUGAAAAAGCGACUGGAGAAUAAUUACUACUGGAGUGCCAAAGAGUGCAUUCAAGACUUUAACACCAUGUUCACCAAUUGCUAUGUGUACAAUAAGCCCGGGGAAGAUGUGGUUUUGAUGGCCCAGACUCUGGAAAAGCUUUUCCUGACUAAGGUAGCUCAAAUGCCCAAAGAUGAGAUUGAAAUCGAAUCAACACCGGGCAAAGCUAGCAAAUUCAAGAAAGCACCAAUCAGGGGGAGACCGCCUGGUUCCACCAAAAUCAUAUUGCCAGGACUGAAUCAAAUAGCAGCAGGUAUAACCAUGAACAAUGCAAUGUCAAUGGGUGGGCCAUCAUUGAUUGGACCCCCAUCGUCAUUACCACCAGUUCCUUCUUCGGCCCCAUCAGUCGGGGGAUCGUAUUAUCCUGGUCCUGAAAUGCCUUUGCCUCCCAUCGCGACGACGAUGAGUAACAACAGUAACAGCAGCUCAACAACGUCCACAAUCCCCUCGAUGCCAUCACAUCCUCCACCCCCUAUGCGCAGUUUACCCGCUCCAACUUUACCACCUGUACAGCCCAUUUUACCUACUCCACCCCCGGCUCCGACGAUGCCCGUCAGAGGCCCGGUCAACCCAGUCCAUCCUUCGUCGGCGGCGCAUCCCAGCGCCGCUCCCAUGUCGAGUGGGGCAGGAGGAGGAGGAGGAGGUUUUUCUUCCACUCAGGGGCCUUCAGCUCCCGGUUUGGUGGACAGCGGACAGUUGAGCAUGCACGACUCGUCGUCACUGCAUGGGGCAGGUGUCCUGGGCAACCACAAUCCCAGCAAAGUAAAGAAAGGCGUGAAACGGAAGGCCGACACGACGACUCCAACGUCCAACACGCCUUACGAUUCCCCCGGCGGCAUGGUGUUGCACAGCGCUGGCAAAGUGGCCAAGAUCUCUUCACGGCGUGAGUCUGGACGACAGAUCAAGAAAGUGGUCAAAGACUUGCCCGACACGCUGCCACAACACCACUCGAAGCCUCGCGAUAAGUUGCGCGAAUCCACAAAGGCCUGUAACGAGAUUCUCAAGGAACUAUUUUCAAAGAAGCACUCUGGCUAUGCGUGGCCAUUUUACAAGCCGGUGGACGCUGGAUUGCUGGGACUUCACGAUUACCACGACAUCAUCAAGAAACCCAUGGAUCUGGGUACGGUCAAGGCCAAAAUGGAUGGCAGAGAAUACCGAUCGGCUGCUGAAUUUGCCAGCGAUGUCCGAAUGAUCUUCACCAAUUGCUACAAAUACAACCCCCCAGACCAUGACGUUGUAGCCAUGGCGAGGAAACUUCAAGACGUUUUCGAGAUGCGCUACGCCAAGAUCCCCGACGACGGGCCCGAUGCCGAUGGGGAAUCCAUCGGAGGUGACGACAAGUCAUCGGGCUCUGAUAUGGAGUCGGGCUCCGAGUCUGACUCUGACGGAUCCGACAGUGACGACAGCGCACACGACGAAAGAGACCGGAAGCUCAUGCAGUUCCAGGAGCAGCUUCGAAUUAUGCAGGAACAAUUGCGAUCACUGAUGGAGGACAGCGCCAGACGGAGAAGGAAGCGAGAAAAGACCAAGAAGGAUCUCAAACGAGAUGUCAUCAAAGACAAAGCGGGACCGACAGCAGCUUCCGUGGCUGAAAGCAACGCCAUGGCAGCACCUUUAUCCGGACCGCCUGCUUCCAUGGCAUCGCAGAAUUCCAUGGCGCCUUUGAGUGACAUGAAACUGCCACCCAUGCCCAUGCCCGGUAUGCCGGGCAUGGUCGAAUCAAAGUUGGUAUCGACUGGGAAACAAAUGAAACCGUCCAAGGUGAGUGCUAGUGCCAGUAGUCAACCCAAGAAACCGAGAAAUUCGGCGUCCACCAAGUCGGCCGUAACGGCGCCACCUGGCAAGAAGAAACCCGCCCCUCCACCUGCAGGUGCUUUUGAUUCGGAAGACGAGGACAAUGCUAAACCAAUGUCUUAUGACGAGAAGCGACAACUCAGUUUGGACAUCAACAAGCUUCCAGGGGACAAACUUGGUCGUGUCGUUCACAUCAUUCAAUCGAGAGAACCAUCUUUACGAGACUCUAAUCCUGACGAGAUUGAAAUCGACUUUGAAACACUCAAACCCUCAACGCUCCGAGAGCUUGAAUCCUACGUGGCUUCGUGCUUGCGCAAGAAGCCUCGUAAACCUUACUACAAAAAGCAAGCUGGAAAGACGAAAGAUGAGGCCAUGCGGGAGAAGGAACGAGAGUUGAAUGAGAGAUUGCAAGACGUGACGGGAAAACUGGGAUCAGCCAAGAAGGUCCAUCGCAAAGAAGAGGCUAAAGGAGCCGCUGAUGGUGCUGGUGGUGGUGGAGCCGCAGGGGCCGGAGCUGCUUCCCGCUUGUCUUCAUCUUCGAGCAGUUCCGAUUCCGACAGUAGCAGUUCGAGUUCCAGUUCGAGUUCUUCCGAUUCAUCGGAUUCGGAAGCAGAACCCAAUGCACAACAACAGCAGCAGCAACAACAACAGCAGCAACAACAACGCAAGGCCAAGCGAAAGGAGUCCGAAGGCGAGAUGGUGGACGUCAUGAGCGUGACACCGCGCCGAAGCUGGCCAACUAACGAGGGUGCUCACAGUCAGGGUGGUGGCGAUAGUCAGCGAGCGCAUCCAUCGACUGGCAACAUUCACCACCAAUCUCACCACCCUCACGGCAAUCGUGCCAUGACUUCUGCCGCUGCUCACGCGAAUGCGACAACUUCUUCAAACACUUCUGCUGCCAACAACACCUUGCCCUCACACAUGGAGUCGUCAGCUCAAAAAUCGAGCUCACAUGCUGGCCAGGGAUCGCUCAAACCACCACUGCCGCCGCCAGUGAUGACACCACAGCAGCAACAGCAACAGCCAACUCAGCAACAACAAUCGCUGCCACAUCAGCAGCAGCAGGUCCGACCUCUGGCAAGUGCCGCGUCCAACAACAACCUGCCUCCAGGUUCGAGCAGCCUCUUUAGUCCACCGUCUGGCACGUCGUUGCCAUCUAUGGCUGACAUACAACAACAGCAACAACACCUCCUUCACCAGCAGCAGCAACAACAACAAGCCAACUUGUUCGUUAACGGCCAAUCGGACAUGAAUCAACCGCCAGGCUACCCUGGCACAGGUGGGGGUUCGGCUGCUCACAACAACAUGGGCCAUGUCAAAUCGGAAAAUCAAUCCGCCUCGGGUGGACAAUACGAUUUCCAAUCUCGGAUGGAUCUUCCCAUGAACGACUUUGACCAGCAUCAAAAGGACAUGAUGCAAAUGCCUGGCGACAAUCUCUUCAACUCGAUGGCCCAGCAGCAGCAGCAUCCCAUCCACCAUUCGCAAUCACUUGGAGAUAUCAAAUCCAUGGGCCAUGCCUCGAAUGUCUCCAGUCCGGCGAUGUCGAUGCCCGUCUCGGGCGGCAAACCCAAGUCUCACUCGGCCGCCAUGGCCCAAGUCCGAAAUGCCAGUUCGUGGUCGUCAUUGGCCGCCUCCACUCCGGCCGGCUCUUCGAAAUCGUCCAAUAUUGGCGAUUCGUUUCAAAUGUUUAAACGCCAAGCCAAGGAGAAGGAGGCCCGCCAAAAGGCUCUGAUUGAACAGCAGGAAAUGCGUCGCCAGCAGAAGGAGCAAGCGGAAAGGGAACGAAUGAGGGUGGAAGCCGAUCGCAGACGCGAGCGGGAAGAAGAAGAAGCUUUGGAGAAUGCCAGGCGAGUGGCCAUUGGCUUGCAAGAUGAAGCUCGUCCGUCGCCUCCAACCAAGACGGGAUUGAGUCCAAUCCAGCAGAGCGCUCCGCCGCCACCUCCACUUUCUGCUUCGGUCGUCACCAAAACACACCACUCACACGUGGCGGCCCAGCAGCAGCAUCGGACUUCACCCGCCCCGACACCCCCGUCGGCUCCCUCGCCAGCAGCGGCCGUUGGUGGAGGGGUUCCUCUUCCCUCGCCAUCUCCUAAAGGACAAUCAGCGCCGAGCCCCGCUUCUUCGGCUCCACCGAUGGGUGGCGCUUCAACCAAUGCUGACAAAGAGCGUGAAAGGCAGAGGCUGCGAGAGCAAGAGCGUAGGAAGCGAGAAGCCUUGGCUGGCCAAAUUGACAUGAAUCGCCAGAGCGAUUUGAUGGCAGCGUUCGAGGAAUUGCUCUAAAAUCUGGACGAGUCUAGUGCUAUAGACGGAUCGACGAGUUUACCCUUCUGAACCUUUGUUACGUGUACUGGCCAUUCAACCAUUACAAACUUGUUGCGUUACGUAUCUUGUUCUUUUUUUUUCUUUUUUCCUUAUUUUUUGUGUGUCCUCUCGUUUGUAUUUUUCCCUCCUUUUUCUCAAUGAUGAUGCGCCACCCAUUUUCUGUCUUGAUUUCAUCCUCUUCUUAUUUUGUCUCCACAAUCGUCUUCUUCUUUCAGUGGAAAUCGAAAUGUAGAAUAAGGCAAAAUUGUCCUUCCUGCUCCACCCCCCCCCCCUCCUCCUCAUCGUAGAUUUAAGUUUAUUCAAAUUACCAUUUUUUUUUCUUUUCAAUUGGAAUUCAAUGCAAGAACCCCUUGACCACCACCAACGUCUCCUCCACAUGCGCCCGAAUAUCUCUUCUAAACACACUUCCCCAAGCUCCCGCCUCCCUUUUUUAAUUAUUAUUAUAAUUAAGUGUAAUCGAAUGUAAAUACUUGUGUAACACGUAGGACUCAAAAUUGUCUGAAACCACGAAAUGUCGUCAUUGGAAACGUUCAAGGGUACUCGUUGACAGUGUAGACGCUUUCGAAAGAAAAAAACAAAACAAAAUAUUGAAGAAAAAGAAAAAAUUGAUGACAAAAAAAUACUUGAUUACAAAAGUCUUAUGUUUUUCCUCUUUCUCUUUCUGCCCUCUUAUCAUUCAUUUGAAAUAAAGAAAAUUUGAGAAAAAAACAAACAAUUAACCUUAUAAAAACCAGCACAAAUAAAAAUUUGCUGAAUUCCUGUUUGUUUAAAAUUCUUGGAAAAUUGACACGUUGUGGCAAUGAUAUUGUGUCGUGUCCUUGGAUUUAUUAUUAUUAACUUUUUUUUUUCCUGAAAUGUGGUUUUCAUUUACAUACACAACUUAGCCAUU